AUGACUGAUGAUGAAAAACGUUUAAUGAUCGAAAGAGUAUAUCAAUGUACAGAAUUAAUACUUGGCUUUGAUCUUAAAGAUAUGAAAAAUCAUAGAAUGUCUUCAUUUCCAUAGAACGCUGUUCCAUUUGGUGGAACAGUAAUGACAACUGGUUUAUUUGUCAAUGAAUAUUCUGCAAUUGUUGCAUUUGAGGCACCUAAUAUAAUCAUUUGUUCAAUAGCUGAAUAUGAAGCAACAAUUCCAUCAACUGAAUUACAAGCUUAUAAAAAUAUGAAUGCAAAUUAUGGUCUUUAUUGA